CUUCCUACCAGUAUAAACAAUACACUACAAUGCAACUUGGUCAGUUGGCGGGCAAGGCGAUGGCGGGAGAUGAACACCACGCCAACUCCGCUUGGCCGGACAAGGAUGCACUUCCUGUGGUCGCUACUUGCGGCGACUCUUCUCAGCGCGCUGGCAGAGCUGCAGUCCCCCACAGUUCAAGGCUGUUGCUCGGGGCAGAAUGGGGUGCCGGGGAUUCCAGGAAAUCCCGGGCAGCCUGGUCCCAUGGGCAGGGAUGGAAGAGACGGUUUGUCUGGACCAAAAGGUGAUCCUGGUGCUGUAGGAAGCCGAGGCGAACCAGGAUUUCCCGGAAAGGCCGGGCCAAUCGGACCUCCAGGACUUCCCGGGCCGAAGACAGACAACAUAGACUUUUCCACGCUGCCAAAGUCAGCCUUCACUGCCAAGAUUUCCUCCUCGAAGCCUCCAGCAGGUUCCCCCAUUAAGUACGACAUCGUCAUCUCGAACGAGCAAAACCACUACAAUCCCUUAACUGGAAAGUUCACAUGCGUUCAUCCCGGCACCUACUACUUUGUGAUACACGCACACGUUCGCGAAACCACCAUAUGUCUGUCCAUCAUGAAGAAUGGGAGCAAGAUCUCCAAUAGUUGCAUUGACUUUCAUGCUGCUAUUCAUUCCAUGGCCAUGAGCGGGGGUUCAGUGCUGAAGCUAAAGGAGGGAGAUGAGGUGUGGGUUCAAUCGCAAAGCCCUUACAUUGGUCUCUAUUUCCAACCCGGUUAUCGCGACAGCACUUUUACAGGUUUUCUCUUGUUUCCCGACUAGGAAAAGAGUACACACGGCGGAAAUCUAUAAAACUUCCGAUUCACAAUCUAAAUAAUUACGUACUUAACUUGUACACUACUGCUAUGCGAAAUCCAAUUUUAGAAAAGUCGUUUGGGAAGCCGGAGGCCCUCGCCUUUAAGUGGCAUGCGGAGGAGAGACACGUGAAGGACAGCUCCUCUUCAUAAUGUAAAGUAAGCCGUUCCCCCUCGUUCGUUCAUCACUAAAUGUGGUGACUAACACCAGGGCGGAGAUUUUUCCCGCACCUUCCGACGAGCGCGAUUGGCUACAGUAUGGUGCGAAAGAAGUUAAACAUACGUAGAACUACAUGCGUACGUAGAGAGAGCUGUCGCUCAAUCAGAAGAACGCGGCGGCUGAGCCGGAGUGGGGGAAUCACAGCGGAGGAGGGUGACCAUGGGAAUGGCUGUGCUUUUGAGGAAUGCUGUAGCAGAGUGGGAACGUGGGUAAUCACAGGGAAGGGGUGACCGUGGGAAUCGCUGUGCUUUUGAGGAAGGCCGUGGCUGAGUGGGAACGUGGGGAAUCACAGUGGAGGAGGGUGACCAUGGGAAUGGCUGUGCUUUCGAGGAACGCUGUGUCUGAGUGGGAAUGUGGGGAAUCACAGUAGCAGAGGGUGAUGAUGGGCAUAGCUGUGCUUUCGAGGAACGCCGUGGCUAAGCGGGAAUGUGGGGAAUCGCAUGCAAGGGGUGACCUUGGGAAAGGCUGUGCUUUCGAGGAACGCGGUGCGGAGAGAGUGAAAUGGAAGAAUAUGUGAGACAGCGGAGGCAAGACCAGAGCAUGGGUAAAUAUUUAAUUUAACAACAUAUUUCCACGUCUCCGAUUGGCACAGUUGGAUAGGAAAAGUGCGAAAGACCGUCACUAUACAGUAAGUACAUACAACAUUUAAAUGGAUGUCUUUUUUUUUUGGGGGGGGGGGGAUUCGUAAUACGGUUGCAAAUGACGACGAGAUACACUCGUGUGAAAAUAAAAGUAUCCGAAAACGGA